AUGGAGAUCGGUGUACUGACGAUGCAAAGAGGAGAGGUAUCGAGGUUCCUUUACUCGCCAGCAUAUGCAUAUGGUGCAUUGGGUUGCCCUCCACUCAUCCCUCCUUCUGCUACUGUCUUGUUUGAAAUGGAGAUAUUGGACUUCCUAGAUACAGCAGAAUCAGACUCUUUCUUUGCUCUGUCCCCGAACCAUCAGGCAAUAUUUCCUCUAGAAAAGGUGUUGGAAGUUGCUACUACUGAGAGAAAGUUUGGUAAUUGCCUCUUCAAGCGAAACCGAUUUGAUGAUGCCAAGGAUAGGUAUAAACGGGCAUCCUUUUAUCUGUCACGUCUGGGAAAGUCGGAGGAGGAGAGGAGACAGCUUGAGACAGCUCGGCUACCUGUGAAUUUAAAUUUGGCACUCACAUACUUGAGGUUAGAGCGUCCACGCAACAGUCUGGAGUGGGGUGAAAAGGCUCUGGCAAUAGAUAACAAGAAUGUUAAAGCUCUGUUUCGAUGCGGACAGGCAUGUCUUGAGUUGAAAGAGUAUGAAAAGGCUCGUACGUUUCUUCUAAGAGCUCAGAAGUUGGAGCCAUUUAACUCUGAAAUUAAUGGUGAAUUGAAGAGACUAUCAAGGUAUUUUUUUUAUUUAUAA